CCACCCCCAGCUCUUUAGUUCAUUUUGAAACCAUUGCUCAGAUAGCACACAGUGCAGCGUGUUUGUGCGUGUACAACUAAGCAGCCAUGGACGGAGGAGUACUUAACAAUCCUCGAACGGUGGAAGAGGUUUUCAGAGAUUUCAAGGGCAGACGCGACGCUUUGAUUAAAGCUCUCACCAUUGACGUCGAAGAAUUUUUCCAACAGUGUGAUCCUGAGAAGGAGAAUCUUUGUCUUUAUGGAUUUCCUAAUGAGAAGUGGGAAGUUAAUUUGCCUGCUGAGGAGGUCCCACCUGAGCUUCCAGAACCUGCUUUAGGCAUAAAUUUUGCCAGAGACGGAAUGCAAGAAAGGGACUGGCUGGCUCUUGUUGCUGUCCACAGUGACGCUUGGCUACUCUCUGUUUCUUUCUAUUUCGGUGCUCGAUUUGGUUUUGAUAAAGCUGACAGGAAACGUCUAUUCAAUAUGAUAAAUGAUCUUCCGACAGUUUUUGAAGUUGUGACUGGAGCUGCAAAAAAGCAAGAGAAGGAGAAAUCAUCUGUUACAAACCAGAGUGGCAGUAAAUCCAAGUCAAACACCAAACCGGUGAAAAUGCCAAAGGCCCCACUAAAAGACGAGAACAACGAGGGAUUGGACGAAGACGAGGAAGACGACGAGCAUGGAGAAACCUUGUGUGGAGCAUGUGGAGACAACUAUGCAUCGGACGAGUUCUGGAUCUGCUGCGACAUAUGCGAGAGAUGGUUCCAUGGAAAGUGCGUUAAGAUAACUCCAGCUAGGGCCGAGCACAUCAAGCAGUACAAAUGCCCGGUCUGUAGUAGUAACAAGAGAGUUCGCCCUUCGUAAAACCCCAUUUAUCCAGUUGCUCCUAAUUCUCUAAUACUUAUUCAUGUCUGAAAAAAACAUCUCCAUUGACACCCAGGAUUGCCCCUCUUCUUUUUUAGAUCUUAUAAAUGUUUAUUGUAGAGAUCUUUUUAUGGUUGUGCAUCUUUCUGUCUUUAUCGUUUGUUUGUGUCGU